UCGAUUGGACUAAUUGCGGGAAAUCAACAAUAAUAGUGUUGUAAAUGUUGUGAAAUAUUCAUUAAAUAAAUUAGUUUUUACUUAAAAUCAUAAUUAGAGUCAAUUAAAUCAAUUUGUGUCCACCGAUGGGUAUAUUAAACCUCUCGCGACUGAUCGCCGAUAUGGCGCCCGAAUCUAUCCGUGAAGUAGAAUUGAAGUCACUGUUUGGUCGCCGUGUGGCCAUCGAUGCAUCGAUGAGUAUCUAUCAGUUCUUGAUUGCCAUCAGAAAUAAGGAGCAAUUGAUGACCAACGACUCGGGAGAGACAACCAGUCACUUAAUCGGUCUCUUUUACCGAACCAUCAAACUAUUGGAAAUGGGAAUUAAGCCAAUCUAUGUAUUUGACGGAAAGGCACCGCUACUGAAAAGCGGAGAACUGACCAAAAGAGCCGAACGACGCAAAGAGGCUGAGAAUAAGUUGGCCGAAGCCGUAGAGGAACAGGAUUUAGAAAAUAUUACUAAAUUUAACAAACGAGUCGUUCGCGUCACUCGUCAACACAAUAGUGACUGCAAAAAAUUGCUUCAAUUGAUGGGACUUCCAGUGAUUGAAGCUCCGUCUGAGGCCGAGGCCCAGUGCGCACAGCUAUGCAAAGAAGGUCUGGUAUACGCCACGGCCACAGAGGAUAUGGACGGUCUUACGUUUGGUUCUCCGAGACUUAUUCGUAAUCUUACUUCAAGUAAUAACGAAAAGGUUAAAGAAUAUUAUUUGGACAAAGUCUUGGCCGGACUCGGACUUACUCGCGACCAGUUCAUCGAUUUAGGAAUUCUUAUGGGAUGUGAUUAUUGUGAUAGUAUUAAAGGAGUCGGUGGUAAAAAAGGUCUAGAUUUGAUGAAACAGUACGGAUCUAUUGAAGAGAUUCUGGAGAAAAAAUUUGGGAUAACAGAGUUCAUUGAUGUCGACAUUGAUUAUGGAGAACGUAAGGUCAUCGAUGAAGUUGUCGACAGUGGGAUUGUUGUCGACGAUAAUGACAAUCAAAACAAUGUUACUAAUAAUGGAGAUGACUUUGAAAUUAAAAGUGAAGAAAAAGAUGGCAAACAAAAUGAAACCAAUAUUUCAGAUGAUGGCAAACAAGACCACGAAGAAAAUGACGAAGAUGUAAAUGUCAAUCAAGAAGAAAAUGAAUGUUCACAAGAACUGAAUGAUUCUGAUAUUAAUAAUGAGUUUCAAAGUAGUGAUGAAACCAAUUGUGAAGUGAAGAAUAAGAAAAAUAAAUCAAAAGAUAAGAAGAAUCCAAUUCCUGAGAAUUGGCUCUUUAGAGGCGCGAGAAAAUUGUUUAAUGAGCCAAAUGUGUUGAAAGGAACCAUUAAUGAGACUGAUCUCAAACAGAAAGAAUUCGAUGAAGAAGCUCUCAUUCAGUUCUUAUGUGUUGAGAAUGGUUUUGCUGAAGACAGGGUUAAGAAUGGUUUAAAACGAAUCACAGAAUCGAAAGCGAAAAGUUCUCAAACGAGAAUCGAUAGCUUCUUUAAGAUGAUUCCCACCACUAAUAGCACACAAAAAGCUAAGGUUGAGACCAAAAACAAGAGAAGUGCUCCACAAGGGAAGGGAACCUUCAAAAGAGGUCGUCGAUGA